AUGGCUGUUCAGAUUAUUAAAUGGCAUUGUGUUCAAUUCAAGUUUGUUUUCCACCCCAAACAGAAAUUGACAUACAAAAGGAUACCUGCAGAAGGUCAGUCUGGAUGUUACAAACCGCCUACAUCAUGCGGCUACGUGUACAUAAACGAGACGGUGUGGACGCCAGGUGGAGGCCUCGUGGGGCCCGACACAGAUUGCACAAAAUGGAGCAACGACCAGGAGCAACUAUGCUACGGGUGCGAUUCUUGCAAAGCUGGGGUAGUAGCUAGCUUGAAGAAGAGCUGGAGAAAAGUGUCAGUUAUUAACAUAGUUAUCUUGAUAAUCCUCGUCACACUCUAUGUGGUUGCUGUUGGGGAUCGAUGCAUGUAUACGCAGCGAAAAACAAAAAUUUAA